CUCUCUGAAGUGGGUGUCUGUGACUGGAGUUUCAAAGCACACAGAAGAGAAACACCAACACCCAUGGGCCUGGGGAGUUCCCAUCCGAAGCCGUUCCCAGGAGACAUCCUGGAGUUUCCUCUGAAUAAAUACUUCUCCCAUUUUGGAAUUUAUUACGGAGAGAGGGAUGGAGUGCCCUACGUAGCACAUCUUACCUGCAGAGACUCGGAGACGAAGCUGCUGUUAUUUGGUCGAGCCCUGAAGUCAGAGGUCAAACUGGACCCAGUGGAGCUAGUGGGACGGAGAUACAAGGUGAGGAACAUGCUGGAUGAGGUCCAUCAUCCCAGGGACUUCUACUCUGUGGUGAAGCCUGCUAUAGACGAUAUGAUGGGUAGAGACGUCACCUUCGACAUCUUGUUCCAUAACUCUGAACACCAGGCCACGCUCUUCAGAUACGGACUCAAGAAAUCUACACAGGUCUGUUGUGAUUGGUUACAGAUUGAAAAGGUCUACGCCCAGAUCCUGCCCACCUGGAAGAAGCCGUUUGAGAAGAAGUUGUUGUAACCAUGACGACGGCCGUGGCUGUGUUCUAGAUUGGAACACGGUCUACAGUUUAAUUCCCUCAAGAUAUCUACUAACGAGGUACAACAAGGAGAAUCAUAACAGUACAUGUAUUAAAUGUAACUCCAUAGCCAGUGUAGGAUGAUGAUAUAGGGGAAUUAAUAUUUUUAUUUGAGUUUUUAGAUUCAGGGUUACAUUGAACAUUGUAUUUUUAAAUAUAUAUACACACAUCAAUAAAAUACAGUAAAAUACUUUCCUAUUAUUCUGUGUGUCUCAGAGAGAGCGCGAGAGAAGGCGGGGGUGAGGGUUUUACUUCAGUUUAAGGGACGUGGGCACCAUUCAAUCUGUAUUGCCAAAGCGUUACAGAAAUGCGUUACAGGUCAUUUGUGAAUGUGCUGACAUAUGCAGCGUUUACCGUGAAUGCAGUCUCCACUAACGCGGUUACAUUGCCUUCACAUUUCAAUCACGCUGUACUUCCGGAACGAUGCGGAAUGAGUAGAGCCCUGAAGUCGAUCUCAUAUUGUUGUUAUGGUGCUGUGGGACAUGAAACGAUGGAGAAAAUAUGAAUCUGCUCUUUGUGCUCGUGUCCUGGGGAAUGAAAAGGCGCGGUACAUUUACUAAGAAAAAUAAUUUCAUCUCCGAAGCGCUUUCUCCUAUAGUGUGAAUGUGUGUACAGCAUCACAGAGGAAAGAUGUUUGAUGUUAACACUCUCUCCUCUUCCUCCACUCUCUCCUCUUCCUCCACUCUCUCCUCUUCCUCCACUCUCUCCUCUUCCUCCACUCUCG